CUGAUCGGCUCAUUCCUUCUCGCAAAUGGCGUCUCGGUUGUCGUCUCUGGAUCCUUGGCUGAUUUGACCCAGUCACGAUGGUUGGUAAUCGGGGCCUUUGUGUGGCUCACUAUAUGGAAUCUGAUUGGGGUCUUCUCGAUUAAGCCAUCACUGAUCGUGCUAUAUUUUUUCGUGCGCGCUAUGCAAGGCCUAGCUGUGGGGGUCUUUAAGUCUACAGCCAUGAGUAUGUUCGGACGUAUCUAUAGACCAGGUCAACGGAAGAAUAGGGUUUUUGCAGCGAUGCCAGCCAUGAUCCCAAUGGGUUUUGGAAUAGGCGCCUUACAAGAGGGCGCGUUCAGUGCAAAUUUGGAAUGGGUCUUUGCCUCUAGUACCUUCAUAUAUCUUUUCCGCGUGCCUGCAACAAUCUGGGCUGUCCCUUGCCUUCGGCCAUCCGCAUCUGUUGCAUUGGGAGAGGCAUUGUCGAUCAAAGACUUCAAUUUUCUUGGCGCAGCUGUUAGCGUCUCCGCGUGCGGCGUGAUGAUCUUUGGCCUUACCCAAGGAGCGCCGACAAACUGGAUGCCAUAUACCUAUGCCUUGGUCAUAGUUGGCGUGCUACUUUUCAUUGCCUUCUACUUCGUCGAACGUCGAGCACGUCGACCAUUUAUUGACAAUCGACUUUGGAAAACAUCCGGCUUUCUACCUUUGAUCGUAUCCUACUUCCUCGGAUAUGGGGCAUACGUCGGGGCUUGGAUGUUCUACGCUGUGCGGUUCUCCCUAACAAUUCAAAACCGCCCACCUAUCAUUGUCUCAUGUUAUUUGAUACCGAUUUCUGUUGCUGGGGCGGUUGCCACAUGGUUAGCUGCUAGAACUUUGCAUGUGCUGCCCGGCCACUACAUCCUAAUUGCCAGCAUGAUUGCUUUCAGUCUUGGGCCGGUGUUCUUCUUUCCCCAGACCGUUCACACGUCAUACUGGGCCCUGUCCUUCCCUGGUAUCAUCCUGCGCACCUUUGGCCCGGAUCUCUCCUUCGCGGCGGCAUCGAUCUUCAUCACCUCCAAUGUGCCGAAGUCAUUCCAGGGAGCGGCAGGAAGUCUGCUCAUCACCAUGCAAAAUCUAUCGUCGGCAAUUUUCACCGCUGUUGCGGAUACAGUGGGCGAAAGAGUGACGAAUUCAGGAGGCUAUUCGCUGGAUUUGGAAUCUUUGCGGGCUAUCUGGUGGUUCAGCUUUGGGAGUGCCAUGCUUGGUGCGUUGAUAUGUGCCGUUUUCGUGCGGAUCCUCAGGAGUGAAGAAAAAGAGCACAUGCAAUGA